AUGUCGGACGGAUUGCACCGGAAACGACCUACGCGAGACAAUGGACAAGCUGUUGCUUCAACCGCUGGUCCCGGGGUCGGAGGGCACCAGAGUAACGGAAGAGGCUCUGGAGUGACAUCAGGUUUGACAAGCCUACCACGACGACAACGGCACUUCAGAAUGGCUACAUGGAAUAUCUUUUCACUCACAGGGAAGCACCAGGAGCUUAAGAGCGAAGCAAAAAGAUUCCAAUUAGAUAUAAUUGGUGUUUCGUCUACUAAGCAAAGAGGUAGUGGAACUGUGGAUCUUGAGGAAGGGUGGCAACUUUUCCUGUCCGGAGUGGCACCGGAAAUGUCUGCACAGGCGGGUGUGGGGAUACUCACAAGCCCUCGGCUGUCAGACAGGGUUUGUGAUGUCUGGACACACAGUGGGAGAGUGAUGGGUAUCAAGAUCAAACUUGAGAGAUCUUCCCUGGCGGUGUUGCAGGUGUACGCACCGAACGCAUCGUCAGAGUACCCAGCUUUCCUAGAUGAAGUGGAGGAAGUCCUGAAUAAGGCAUCUUCUGAAGCGGAUUCAGUUGUGUUGUUUGGGGAUUUCAAUGCCCAUGUUGGUGUUGACUCUGAGACAUGGAGGGGUGUGAUUGGGAAGAACGGGGAUAAGAGUGAGAACCCGAACGGUAAAAUGUUGCUGGAUUUCUGCGCAAUCAAAGGUUAUUCGAUCAUGAAUACCUUUUUCCAGCACAAGGAGAUUCAUAAAUACACCUGGGAAGACACAAAACGAGGACUUAAGUCAAUAAUUGACUUUGUCUUGGUUCCCGGUGUUGAUAGAAGAAUUGUCCAAGACGUUCGAGUUUUUAACAGUGCUGAACUGUCAACUGAUCACCACCUGCUCUUUGCAAAAAUUAACCUCAACGAAGAUCCUCCCGCUCUACCUAAGGGUAAGAGCAAAGUGCUUAAAUGCAUUAGGUGGGAGAGUCUCAAGAAGAAAGACGUUGAGGAAAAGUUUGUGAAGGGCAUACAGGAAAGGUUUGAACAAAUUCCACAGUCUCCUUCUGACAUAGAGGCUGAAUGGGCCUGCUUCCAAACAGCCAUUUUGGCCUCGGCUACAGAAGCUUGUGGCGUUAAGCGCAUUAAUGUGACGAACAACGUGAAACGGUCAUCUUGGUGGGGAACACCGGGAGUAAAAGAAGCCGUUGGAGAGAAAAAGAAGGCUUACAAGUUGUACAUACAACGUAAGGAUUCUGAUUCUCGUGAUCGUUAUGUUGAGGCGCGAAAGGCUGCAAAGCUCGCAGUUAAAGCCGCUAGAGAGGAGGCGUGGAAAAAAUUCGGUGAAAAGCUGGAGCUUGACUAUAGGUCGGCAAACAAAACUUUCUGGCAAACAGUCCGAAGACUCCGAGGGAAGAAGAGCAAUUCCAUCCAAGGAGUAACAUCCAAGGAAGGGAAUCUUCUGACCAAAGAGGAAGAGGUUUUAAAUCGCUGGAAAGAGUACUUCUCAGAAUUGCUCAAUCCUCAGCAAGGCGCUGAUGAUGACGUACCCAGGAGUAAAGGCAGGGAGGAAAGUAGUCCUUCAGAGAGUGAAGUCCUGUAUGCGAUUAGUGGUGAUAUUUUGAUCACAAUUCAAGCUAAAACACCUCCAAUUGAAAUACUAAUCAAAAUGGCUGAGGAUAGCAAAUGGAAGGAUAAACUACCAAACAUUAGGGAUAUUUUUGUUUACACCUACAGAGAGGAUCCCCAUCCUGACCGAACAAUUGAACAUCUCCUGAAAUCCAUUGGAUACCAAGAUAUUUCCAUAAAAGUGGAAGAAUGCUCAGAAAUAUUUCCAAAUAAGAAGUUUUUUAAAGACUUUAUGAAAAGCCUUCCGCCCUGCAAUGAAAUACCUGAGGAAGAGAAUAAAGAAUUCUAUCAGGAGCAAAUUGAUAUGGCAUUGUCGAUGAAUUUCAUUGAAGAGGAUCUCUGUGAUGCACAAAAGCCAUUAAACGGGAAUGAACGGAUACUAGUACAUAUUUUUGCUCGAAAAGUAUAA